AUGUCGUCAUCUCGUCAACUUUCCCACUCAUCCAAGAAGUCAAAGAUCAGUUCGCAAAAGAGAAUGAUGGCUUUCAUGGCCAAUCAAAUUGCUCGCAUCGUCCCCAAGAUUUUGACUGAAAUUCAAGCUUCAAAUACCCCUAACUCCUUUGUUGAUUCGAAAGUGAUCCAGCCUAAACUUGUUACCUUUAACUACAAACACUUUGCUUCUUGUCACCCAAAGUCUUUCACUGGUCAGGAAGGAGUGACCGCUAUGCUUGAAUGGUUCUAUAGCAUAGAGGUUACGUUCAUCAAUAGUGAAUGUCCUGAAGAGCUCAAGACACGUAGUGCUACUGGUGUCUUCCAAGCAAGAGCCCUAGAAUGGUGGACAAAUGAAAGGAACAUUCGUUCGAACGAACUGGCAUAUGCAUUGUCUUGGGUAGAAUUGAAACAACUCAUGAUGGAAGAAUUUUGCCCUCCUUAUGAACAGCAAAAGCUUGAGGAAGAAUUUUGGGCUCUCAAGCAAGUUGGAGACGACAAUCUCACCUAUGCCACUCGUUUCAAACAACUAAGCAUCAUUGUACCCCACCUCGUUCUCACCACUGACCGCAUGAUCAGGAAAUACCUCAACGGCUUACCUCCUACCAUGCGAGAUACUAUUGAGGCAGCCAAGCUCGACAACAUCGAGGCUGUUUAUCGCCUCGCUGCUAGUUUGAACAACAAUCGCGUUCGCGACAAACAAGCUGCUGCAACCACCAACCCAAAUCACCCUGCUAGACCAGCCAACCAAAUUACCCACCAACCAAGUGGUAAUCAGGGCAAGAAACGUCAGUUUCAAGACCUUGUUUGCAACGCGGUUGUACCUGCUAGAAACCCAAACCCUAAUACACCUAGAAACGCUAAGAGGCAAUACACCGGGACUCAGCCAAGGUGCCCCAUUUGCAACUAUCACCAUCCCACCUAUACCCCAUGUCGCCAUUGCACUUUGUGCAACCGUUUUGGUCACCAUACUGCCCAUUGUCCGCGUACCCAAAACCCUAACCUAGCAAACAAUGUUAGAGCAUGUUUCAAGUGUGGGGAUACAACGCAUCUUCGUCCACAAUGCCCUAUAUGGAAUCAAGAACGACAUCAGGCACUACCAGGUUCAGCUGAAAAUAACAAUAAAGACAUUGAUGUCAACACCUGA